GCGACAGACCUACAGAUCGAACCCCUACGACAGCCUACAAGUUACUUAGUAGUACACACGUCACAGGUUCAACUCUCGGGGUCUACACAGGUACCCCCUGCGGCAGCGUUGGUGAGUUGCCACAUCAGCAGGACACGUCAGCAAUGCCAUGUCAGCAACCAGUCACCGCAGCAGCAGGUCACAUCAGUGCAUGGUGCUCACCCGCCGGACCCUCCAACUUGACGGACCGAGUCAACGUCUUGGAAAUCAACGCCGGGACUCUCAAGGAUGGCGCUCUAGCGACAAAUCAGCGGAUUGACCAGCGGAUUUGUGCCACCACAGCCAGUCUGACCGCGACUACUCGUGAGAGCAUCCCAAAGUUUGACGGCCUGCCGAUCUUUUGCGAUGCAGCGAAGACGGACCCGAUUCCAUGGUGGCGCAAGUUCGAGUUGAAGUUGGACAUUCACCACGUCAGCAACCCGAACCGGCACGCAUACUUAUACUCCCGCUCGGGGGGCGCGUGCCAGGCAUGGCUGGACAACAUGUUGUCCACGCACACCGUCGCAGUCUCCGAGCUGCAUACGAAGAUCAACUGGGCUGAUCUCAAGGCAGCAUGGCAUAAGCGGUUCCAAGUGGAGCCGCCCGAGCUUCAGGCAGUCGAGAAACUUCAACGGUUCUAUCAGAAUGACCUGCCGAGCCUGGACUGGAUAACGGAGUACCAACGCUUGGCGUCCACGCCCAACUUGUCGUUGCCCUUCGUCGCGAUCAAACACUUCUUCACCAGGAAGAGUUGUCCGGUGUUGCAGAACGCCUUGACGCAAGUUGCGGAGACGCUCACCACAAGUGAGCAGCUUUUUGAUAAAGCCUCGCAGAUCAUCAUGACGAACACCGAAGCCAAGAAUUUGAGUUGUUCGUCUGCUGCGAGCCAGGGCAGAGAUCAGCAUCGGCCGAAAGUGGUCGUGGUCGCAGCAACUACAGUGACCGGCGCCUCAAACGAGGCUGCCUCUUCUGAUGACGGAGACAGAUUGGCAGCCGCCCGGGAUGGUGGCCGCCCCGCCACAGGGCGAGGACGCGACAAACCGAAGACACACACCAAUUCAUCCCCCGGGGUCGGACCAGCGGCUCAAGAGCCUUGGACACAUUACGCCCACGGGCUGCAUGAUCGGAUCGAUGCGUGGAGAGUGGCUACGUCCCCCACGCCGCGAUCUGGCCAUGCAGAACGCAUGCGCUCUCGGCUCACGAGCAAAGUAGCCUGCGAGUUUCGCAUGCAGCGGUACGAUGAUAACAACGCACCGCUCCUUUAUGUCCGUAUCCAAGUUGGGCAAGCGUCUUGCAACGCUUUGCUGGAUAGCGGCACGACUCGCAAUUUCAUCAGCCAAUCCUUUAUCCAAAGGGACGGCCUUGGCGCACAAGUUCAAAGGAAGCCAAGCCCAACAGCGAUCAAGUUGGCGGACGGUCGGACGCAACAACUCCUCGAUCGCUACAUUGAAGCUGUGCCAGUUUAUUUCGCACCUCAUGCACAUGAACCGGUGACAUUUGACGUCUUGGACACGGACUUCGACAUCAUUUUGGGGAUGCCUUGGCUUGCAAGUGCGGAUCACACGGUUAACUUCCAUCGGCGGACACGUACCGUUCGCGGCGCCUUCGGCGCUGAGGUGCCGUGUAUCAUUCCUCUUCCGCACCCCUCGAUCCGGUGCCAAGUUGUAACGGCCAAGUCUUUUCGGGCCACUUGCGCUUACGAGUGGACCGGCGAGAUAGGCCUAUGUUUUCUACGACCCAUCGCAACGACCGAAUUUUCACCUACGGACUUGUUUUCGAACCCCCGAGUGGUGCGGCUGCUCGACGAUUUCACCGACAUCUUCGAGUCUCCUACCGGUGUUGUGUUGGAUCGACCGAUCUCCCACGAGAUCAUUCUUGAGGCCGGUGCCAUGCCGCCGAAAGGAUGCAUCUAUCGCAUGAGCGAGGGAGAGCUCACGGUUCUCCACGUGCAACUCGAUGAUCUGUUGGACAAGGGCUGGAUCCACCCUAGUAGCUCACCAUACGGUGAGCCAGUUCUCUUCGUACAAAAGAAGAACAAGGAUCUUCGCUUUUGCAUCGACUACCGCAAGCUCAGCGCACAAACCGUCAAGAAUGCGGGACCUCUUCCGCGGAUUAACAACCUUCUCGAGCGUUUGGGCGGUGCAAAAUUCUUCUCGAAGUUGGACUUUAAGUCGGGCUAUCACCAAAUCUCGAUACACCCACAAGAUCGCUACAAAUCUGCGUUCAAAACGCAGUACGGGCAUUUUGAGUGGGUCGUUAUGCCUUUUGGCCUCACCAAUGCCCCGACGACUUUUCAAGCGGCAAUGACCAACGAGUUCCGUGCGAUGUUGGACCGGUUCGUGCUAGUCUACUUAGACGACAUUCUCGUCUAUAGCCGGACAUUGGAGGAUCAUCUUGAGCACCUUCGAUGAGUGUUGGAGACGCUCCGCUGCGCCAAGUACAAAGCCAACCGCGACAAGUGUGAAUUUGCCCGGCAAGAGCUGGAAUACUUGGGCCAUUUUGUC